ACCCCGAUGACCACUGUCAGGGCUGCUGGUGACCGGCAAGUGCACCAUGGAACUUAAAGUAUGGGUGGAUGGAGUUCAGAGGAUUGUUUGUGGGGUCACCGAAGUCACAACUUGCCAGGAGGUUGUAAUAGCCUUAGCCCAGGCCAUCGGUCGCACUGGAAGGUACACCCUUAUAGAAAAAUGGAGAGAUACUGAAAGGCACUUGGCCCCUCAUGAAAACCCCAUCAUAUCCUUAAACAAGUGGGGGCAGUAUGCUAGCGAUGUACAGCUCAUCUUGCGUAGGACUGGGCCGUCUCUCAGUGAGAGACCCACCUCAGACAGUGUGGCCCGGAUUCCGGAAAGAACUUUGUACCGACAGAGCCUGCCCCCAUUGGCCAAACUGCGGCCUCAGGCGGACAAGUCAAUCAAAAGGAGGGAACCAAGAAGAAAAUCCCUGACCUUCACGGGAGGUGCCAAGGGGCUGAUGGACAUUUUUGGGAAAGGUAAAGAAACUGAGUUUAGGCAGAAAGUGUUGAGUAAUUGCAGGUCCACGGCAGAGGAGCUGAGGAGGCUGAUCCGGCUCCAGACAGAUGAGCUGCUGUCCAUCGAGCAGCAGCUGCAGUCCAGCGAGGUAGAAAUACGAUUCUUGGAGCAAAAGUACAGUUCCAGCCUGGAAGAGGAAAUUGUCCGCCUAGAGCAAAAGAUCAAAAGGAAUGAUGUGGAGAUCGAGGAGGAGGAAUUUUGGGAAAAUGAACUACAGAUCGAACAAGAAAAUGAGAGGCAGUUGCAAGACCAGCUUGAUGAGAUACGGCAGAAAGUCACAGCCUGUGACAGCAAGCUGAAGGACUGCCUGGCUCAGAUCCACACUGUGGAAAGCGCUCUGGAAGCAGAGAAGCUUCACCGGGAGGUUGAGGAGGCGCAGGUCAACGAGGAAGAGGCGAAAGGGAAGAUUGACAAGGUCAAGGGGGAAAUGGACCUCCAGGGCCAGCAGAGCCUGAGGCUGGAGAAUGGCAUCAGAGCCGUAGAGAGGUCCCUGGGGCAGGCCACCAAGCGGUUACAGGACAAGGAACAGGAGCUGGAGCAGCUGACCAAAGAGCUGCGACAAGUCAACCUCCAGCAGUUCAUCCAGCAGACGGGGACAAAAGUCACUGUGCUGCCAGCUGAGCCCACUGACAUAGAGGCCUCCCGGGCAGACAUAGAGACAGAGACGCCAUUCCAGUCUGGGUCCCUGAAGCGACCUGUAUCAUCACGGCAGCUCCCCAGUAAUCUUCGUAUUCUGCAGAACCCCAUCUCCUCUGGAUUUAACCCUGAAGGCAUCUAUGUUUAACACUGUCUUCAGGAGAAGGAGUCCGCCAAGGUACCAAGGACAGUAAAAUCCUUCAGUUUGUGCCAAUUGAACAGGGUCUGUUCCCAAGCCACUGUAUCCUCUCCUGAUCACAAACCACGUGGGGCCCUGUGCACUGACGCUGAACACGGAGCCUGUUCACACUUCGCAGUAUUGACAUGUUGUCCAGCAGCUGAAAUGCAAAGCCUUCAUUUUUAUUUGUAGCAUUCAGAGAGAGAGCAUUAUUAAAGUAUUAAUCUAUGUUUAUACAUGAAUAAACCCUGCAUUAAGAGUAAAGUUAUGUAACCGAUUAAUUUAUUCCAUGUAACUGAUUGAUGAAUGAAUGUUGCUGUUAAUAUUUUAUUAGUCCCAUCCUGUGACUUAACUGUGUUAAAUAUUGUGGGUUCUGACUGUGCAUGUUGGCAGACUCCGUCCGGCUUUGCUUUUAUACAGCUAUGCAGCCUCAUGGGGGCUUCCCCUCCAGACCAACUCCAAGGGAGCUUGCCGCACUUAACCCUGGCGCCUCUUCUCGCCCCUCCUGGCAAGAUAAUUCAGCUUUCUUUCUGGUCUGGAAUGUAAUCAUUUCUUUACAGUAUUUCCCAACACAAAUUGCCACAUAACAUCACAGAAAUAUCUUUAAUGGGGUAAAUGGUUCAUGUGAAAUGCUUGUGGUCAUGGACCUGCCAUCGGUGCAGCUGGUGGCUGUCCUGGAUUUCCUGACACACUCACAGGUCUUCCCGCCUCCCCACCGCCUCCGCUGAACCCUCGUGGUGAUGUAAUGUGAGGAGAGGCCCCGAUUGCUGUACUUUGGGAUGGUGUGGCACAUGUGUAGUCCAUGAAGCAGAGCAGGAGUGGGUGCUGCUUGCCGUGACUUAAGACACGGGCUCCGUGUUUUCUUUCCUCACGGAGGCAAACUUAGGUAACACUGCAGUCGGGGAGUUUUCUACCAAGGAAAUAAAAUUAAGUUCAGAGUAUGUUUUUAUUUUUAAAUUUGACUUUAGGAUAUUAGUCUCCAUUUAUAUUAAUAUCAUUUUGUGUAUUAAGCCAAAAAAGAAGAAUCAAUACUUUUCUCAUGAGCAGUGACUUAGUCAUGUGUAGACGCACUGUCAGAUGCCUUGUAGCCCCUCACAUCCCCUGUGAGUACAUUUGGCACAGUGUAACUAAGACUUUAAUCUGAAACUUAAAAUCGUUUUCAUUGGUAAAGAGAAAACAUUCUCUAUUUACUUACAUGCAACAGCAUAAAGUGCGUGGUAACACCGACGGCACCUCUGGGUGGUUGACCACAUCCAGCUUACUCUGGGUUGGUGGGCGUUUAACGGAGCUGAGACUGCUGCUGGAUUUAGGUUUCCAAUGGAAGAUUUAAGAAUGGCUGUGAAGUAACAGGUGCUUCUGGAGAUCUGAAGGCCAGGAAUGAAUGUUGCCUCUUACGUGAAUAAAUAGCAGACCUCAACUGAACUGCUGGCCACAGUUCCUCCCACUUGCCAAGCUGACCUUGCCAUUUCUGCGAUGCAUUUGACCCGAGAAGGAACCACGCCCGUACACACUUGCUCCAGAUUUGUAACAGUUGUUUCAUAUCUAUAUAUCUAUAUAGCUAUAAUAUAUAGCAUAUAUAUAUUAUCAAUUAUCAAUUCAAAGUCAAAGCAGUUUGUAGCUUUUUGUGCCAGUGCUGACUCCCUGUGUCCAGCACACGCCUUACUGUGAGACUCUCCAACACUCUCCUGCUGUUCAGCUAGGUAACACAAAGGAAAACAUUAUACAAAGGGACUGUCCUCGAUUUAAACCACAAUGUUCACUCUACUGUGAGAAAAAGACAACGCUGGGCGUUCAUGACCAUAAUCCCAGCACUCAAGAGGCUGAGGCUGCAUAGUUACCAAAGGCCCAACCUCUCCUAAGCUACAUGGGAAAUUUCUAGAGUAGCUUGGAGUCUGAUGCGAGAUCCUGUCUCGAAAGAAAGGCGCCUGCCCAGAGUCCUUGUCACACCUGGCAGAGAUCACAUCGCACAGCUCACAAGAUUCGUAGGAACUGCCAGGCUUGACUAGCAACUCUAGAGCAGGCGACACAUCCCAUCAGCUCCCAGCAAUCCUGGCUCUGACAGUUCCACACUUAAAUCUCUAACAACCUCAGAACGCUGAAGCUGCCAGCCACCCUCCUACUAACAGGCACGCUCCAGCACUGCCUCCCAGACGGGCGGGGUGUGGCCAUGUGAGCUCACACUCAGGCUGUGCGGCUGUGCUUUGAGACCCAGGUACAGGACUUCCGCAAGCACACCACCGUCAGAUGUUUUCUAAAUCUUUUUGUAGCUAGGGAAAACAAUUAAUUUCUGUAGGAACAUCUGAAAAUACUUUAGUCUACUGUGACUGCUUUUACAGAUGUCUCUCACCACACCUCAGCAGAGAGGUACCGGCAGUGGGAUUCAAUAAAAUACCAAAUGGGGAAUAAGUAUCCAGGUUCUAAAUAAGUAAAUUAGGUCACAAAUUUUUGUGUCUUUUUAACUAGUACUGGAGGUUAUAUUUCUACAGGUAUUAAAUAUAUUACAAGUUUUAUUCUUACCAAUGAGUAAUUUGGAUAUCAUUGGUCUGUUUGACCUCUAGGGCACCGUCAUCCUCAGAUACUCACCCACAGGGGGUCACCUCAGUUUUGUGUGUAUGUAUGUUUGUGUGUUCGGUUUUCUCAUCUCCUUUAUAUUUUGGCUGUUAACGUCCCUUUUCGUCUCACUGAACAGGGACAUUUUAUAUGUGAGGCUUCAGUUGGUGUUGAAGUGGCCCUCUGAAUGCCCGGUUAGUUAUCGAUGGGCAGCUCAGUAGCUCCUCCAGUGGAAAAAAGUUACAAACAAGAACGGACUGCACCCUGGCACAUACAGUAAGACACAGCUCACAUGUGACAUGUGGAGUGUGGUAGCACACACCAGCAGAUCAGCACUGCUCCUGCAGCCAACAUAAAGUGCAGUCCUGUGGUAACACGGCCUUUGUAAGAGCAAACGGGUCCUUGGAGACAAGAACUCUUGUAUCGGGGAAUAUCUUUCCAAGUUAGGACUUCAACAGAUUGAGGACAUAGUAUGGAAAAGACAGGAACAAACACCUGAUUAUUCAGGCAUGCACAGACACAGGCGGUUAGCGUUGGACAUUGCCUUGGAAAGAUUAGGCAUGUGUAUAUUAAAUGACACCCUGUGUCCCUUUGUAAUACAAGCCUGUCUUGAUUAGUCCAUACUGUGGUGAAGCUAGCUCAGAGUAUUCCUUUUCUAUCAUGUCAGUGUUUUUAAGUUGCAUGUUUGUACUGUCCUGUCUGCUGUGGUAUUUUUAAGUUCCAGGAGAAGGCUGUCAAAUGUGUCAAGGAUUCAUGGCCAUCAGUAUUUAUUUAGUAUUGCUGCUUCACGUUUCCCCGGCGCACCUCGGACGCCAGGUCAGUGGCUGCGUCAAAGCUGUGGGAGCUCCUUCACGUGCAUUUUUUUUUUAAUAUAUGUUAUCUAUCUAUAUAUAUAUUUUAGAAACCAAAUGGCUGCAGAUGGCUAUUUAGCAUACUAUUAAACCAGCAGAACUCUAAAGGCAAUAAAUAUAUGCAUAUGUGUGGGGGGAGGGGAAAGAGUGAAGAUACAGGUUUACAGCCAGAAAUGGUGAUAGCCCUUCAGUGUAUUUCUCAGGGUCUUGUCACUGACCUAGAAGGAUUUGAGUUGCUGCAGCUUUAGACAGGAAGUGUCCAUGUUCACUGAGUGUGGGCCAUAAAUUUGCCUUUAGUACUGCUUCGCUGAUGUGUAAAUAAGAAAUCUGUAAUAUGUAUUAUAUGUAAUUACUUUCUUUUGACUUCAUUUCAAAAUGUAUAUUUUCUGACUAUUACCACGAGCUAUAAAGCAAAAGAUCAAUAUCUGAUAUUCUCCCAAAUAAUAAAUUUUCAAGAUUUAUUGGGGCAGUACAA